CGUCCUACCAGAAUAGCGCUCAUACCGCCUCACGGAGCAAUCAGGUGGCACCAACUCCAAGAGGAGAAGAUCUCGACAGCAUCAUUUCAAGCACAACAUGACAUCGCAGAUCGUUCCGAUGUACUCUCAGCACUCCACACCGGGCUAUUAUAUUCAAACGAUAAUAAAGUGACACCUCAGAAGUCAGCCUUUACCUUCAGGGGCAUUUUACUAGGCUGAGGAUGAGUUUCACGCUCCCCAAAAGCGAAUCGACGACCUCUUUACUGAGAUCCUCCGCACCGGCCAGGAGCAUGGCUCAGCCGCCCGAUCAUCCCGGAGCCCGGCGGAUACACCAUCAGCGCUCCGCGGCGGCAGCGGCAUCUGGAGCGGAGACGGCGGACUGCGAUGCGAGCUCGCGGAGACCCCUUUGUCACCCCUCACUGGUCGGUACCCGAAAUAGCGCAGAGAAGAGCCACCCACAACACUCCCACUCCCAUGGACACGCUCUUUCCACGGCUCACAGUCAGGAGGACCUGUCGGAGCUUCCAGGUGGAAGAGAGCGCAAGACUGACAGGCGACACCACCACCAUCAUCACCACCACCACCACCACAACCGUCAUCAUCACCAUCACCGCCACCGGUCCACACGGGACGACCUGCCUCAGGAGCCCCGACCCAAGCACUCUCACGCCGCUCGUAUGCCCACCAGAACUCAGUCUUUCUCCGAGUCCAGGGACGAAACGGCUCUCUUUUUCGGAUCACCUCAACUGGCUCGACCCGGGUCUUCAUCGAGCAGAGAGGCGUGUCCAGCCUCCACCGCCUCAUCCUCUCCGGUGCCCGCGUCCUCCAGCCGCUCCUCCCGCAGAUCGAGGAGGUCCAGCGCUGCAUCUUCGGAAGCGGACUUCAACCUGCGGCCGUUCCUCAGCUCCGUGUUUGGACAGAAUCGAGAAUUAAGACCAGAGGAGAUUGAUGAGUUAAAAGAAGCGUUUAAGGAGUUUGAUAAAGAUAAAGAUGGCUUCAUCAGCUGUAAAGACCUGGGGAACUGCAUGAGAACCAUGGGCUACAUGCCCACCGAGAUGGAACUAAUAGAACUAAGCCAGCAAAUCAACAUGAACUUAGGUGGCCACGUGGAUUUCGAGGACUUUGUAGGGUUGAUGGGACCUAAACUCCUAGCAGAGACAGCAGACAUGAUUGGGAUAAAAGAGCUGAGAAACGCCUUCAAAGAGUUUGACACAAAUGGAGAUGGCGAAAUAAGCACAGGAGAGCUAAGGGAAGCUAUGAGGAAGCUGCUGGGACAACAGGUUGGUCAUCGAGACCUAGAGGACAUAUUGAGGGAUAUUGACUUGAAUGGAGAUGGCCGAGUAGACUUUGAAGAGUUUGUGCGAAUGGUGUCCCGCUGAGAGGGCAGCGUUCAUAUGGUGUCUGCAACAGAAGAAAGUGAGAUGCUGUACUGCUUCCUGCUGGUCAAAGCAGACAGACUAUUAGACUACUGCAAGAAAAGCCUUGCUGAGCCUGUGCAUGGUAUAAAAACGGAAAACUGGACUUUUUUGGGGUUGGGGGGUGGGGGGGGGGUGGUCAUGCACACAUAAAAACAAAAAAAAGUAUACACUUAUACUGUAGCCAAGAGUCUCUGCACUUUCAACCAUGCAAGACCAAACAAUAUUUGUUUUUUACACGCACAUCUGAAAGAGUGUACCAUGCGUGUUAAUGUCAAUAUUACAUACAGUGUUAUCUCUGUUGUCCUGUGCAUAUGUGUCUCUGAGUAAGGUAGCUGAGAGAAAACGAUGUUUAAACGAUGUUUUCUUUUGUUUGCAGUAUAACGGUGUAAAUUAAUUGACUUCCAGAUAAUUUGUUAUAUGUCAAGCUCAGCUACCUAACUCCAUUUGUUUUUACUCUAUUAUUGUCUAACAGUUGCCUGUUUCUAUUCUAAAAUCACAGUGCAUGCAUUAAAAAAAAUCAACCACUGUGCAAGAUGAGACUUAAAUGGAAACCAAAUUAAUUUUAAUAUAUCACUGAAUGGUUUAUAAGUUUAGAAAUGUUUGAUUCACUAUUUUUAGUUAUCAUGGCAUACUAAUUUCAAGAGCACAGUUUCAUGCCACACAGGCUCUUUUGACUCAAUGCAGAACAUCGAGAUAUAACAAACAUUCAAAACCUGACCACUAUAAGUUUAAGAAAUAGAUUUAUUCAUUUGAAUUGAGCCUCUUUAUGUCUGUUUGUGUGACCGGUGUAAGAGACAUCUUCUGUCUUAAUUGUCAUCUGACCAAAUUCUUGCAUGCCAAAAAGACCUUCCUAUGUAUUAAAGUGGUUUUAAUACAUUGCAGCAAAAUAAAACUGUGUCAAGUAAUAGCA